AUGGCACAAGUGCCGACUGCCCAAAAUGAAAGCGAGAAGAAAAAUGAGAAACUAGCCACCGCCAUCCUCAACUCAAAGGCAAAGCCCAACCGCCUCCUAGUCGAUCAGAGCGAGAAAGAUGACAACUCGGUCAUCUCCCUUUCCCAGGCCAAGAUGGACGAGCUCGGCCUCUUCCGAGGUGAUACCGUCAUGCUCAAGGGAAAGAAGCGUCGCGAAACUGUAUGUAUUGUCCUCGCCGAUGAUGGUUGCCCCAACGAUAAGGUUCGCAUGAACCGUGUCGUUCGUCACAAUCUGCGUGUCCGUCUUGGCGAUGUUGUCAGUGUAACUGCAGCCCCAAAUGUUGGUUAUGGCAAGCGAGUCCAUGUGCUUCCCAUCGAUGACACAAUCGAGGGAUUGACUGGAAACCUCUUUGAAGUGUUCCUCAAGCCCUAUUUUGUGGAAUCCUAUCGCCCAUUGCACAAGGGAGAUAUCUUCACCGUCAACGCUGCUAUGCGUAAUGUCGAAUUUAAGGUUAUCGAAACCGAUCCGGCCCCUGCCUGCAUCGUUGCCCCCGACACAGUGCUCCACUAUGAAGGUGAUGCCAUCAAGCGUGAAGAUGAAGAGGAAAACAUCAACGAUGUUGGAUACGACGACAUUGGAGGCGCCCGCAAGCAAUUGGCCCAAAUCAAGGAAAUGGUCGAACUCCCGUUGCGCCACCCACAACUCUUCAAAGCUAUCGGAAUCAAGCCACCUCGUGGUAUUCUUCUCUAUGGACCUCCCGGUACUGGAAAGACCUUGAUCGCUCGUGCUGUUGCUAACGAGACUGGAGCUUUCUUCUUCCUGAUCAAUGGCCCCGAGAUCAUGUCCAAGCUAGCUGGUGAAUCCGAGUCGAAUCUGCGUAAGGCUUUCGAAGAGUGCGAGAAGAACAGCCCGGCCAUUCUCUUCAUAGAUGAGAUUGAUGCUAUUGCCCCCAAACGUGAGAAGACGCACGGAGAGGUUGAGCGUCGUAUCGUCUCACAGCUGCUGACCCUUAUGGAUGGUCUCAAACAGCGUGCUCACGUCGUUGUCAUCGCCGCUACGAACCGCCCGAACUCGAUCGACGGUGCUCUCCGUCGUUUCGGGCGUUUUGACCGUGAGAUUGACAUCGGUAUCCCGGAUGCUGUCGGCCGCCUCGAAGUCCUGCGUAUUCACACCAAGAAUAUGAAGCUUAACGAUGACGUCGAUCUCGAGCAGGUUGCCAAUGAGUGCCACGGAUACGUCGGUGCUGAUUUGGCUUCUCUCUGCUCCGAGGCGGCCCUGCAGCAGAUUCGCGAGAAGAUGGACCUGAUUGACCUCGAGGACGACACUAUUGAUGCUGAAGUCUUGAACAGUCUGGCUGUGACUAUGGAGAACUUCAGGUUUGCUAUGGGCAAGUCUUCUCCAUCGGCAUUGCGAGAAACCGUUGUCGAAACCCCGAACACCACCUGGGCAGACAUUGGUGGUCUACAGAACGUCAAGCGCGAGCUUCAAGAGCUUGUCCAGUACCCUGUCGAGCAUCCCGAGAAGUACCUCAAGUUCGGUAUGCAGCCAUCGCGUGGUGUGCUCUUCUAUGGUCCUCCCGGUUGCGGUAAGACGCUGCUCGCCAAAGCCAUUGCCAAUGAGUGCCAGGCCAACUUCAUCUCGAUCAAGGGUCCUGAACUGUUGACGAUGUGGUUCGGAGAAUCUGAGGCUAACGUUCGUGACGUGUUCGACAAGGCUCGUGCCGCUGCUCCUUGCGUUCUCUUCUUCGACGAGUUGGACUCGGUCGCCAAGGCUCGUGGUGGCUCUGCUGGAGAUGGAGGAGGUGCUGCUGACCGUGUGAUCAACCAAAUUCUGACUGAAAUGGACGGUAUGAACAGCAAGAAGAACGUGUUCAUCAUCGGAGCCACCAACCGACCGGAUAUUAUCGAUUCGGCUGUGUUGCGUCCUGGUCGUCUUGAUCAGCUCAUCUACAUCCCGUUGCCGGAUGAGGCUUCGAGGAUUCAGAUCUUCAAGGCUAAUCUCAGGAAGACUCCAGUUGCUCCGGAUGUGGAUAUGAUUGUUCUGGCCAGGACAACUGUUGGAUUUUCUGGCGCUGACAUCACAGAGAUUUGCCAAAGGGCUUGCAAGCUUGCCAUCCGCGAAUCAAUUGAGAAGGACAUUCGUAUGGAGAAGGAGCGUCAAGAGAGACGUGAGAGGGGCCACGAUGAAGAUCUCAUGGAUGAGGAGCCAGUCGAUCCGGUCCCGGAAAUCACCCGUGGACACUUCGAGGAAGCGAUGAAGUUCGCUCGUCGUUCCGUCACUGACAACGACAUCCGGAAGUACGAGAUGUUCGCCCAAACCCUGCAGCAACAACGCGGCUUCGGCAACAACUUCAAAUUCCCGGGUGAACAACAAAACCAGGGCGGUCAGCCACAACCGACCCAACCCUCUGGUGGAACCGGAAAUGAUGACGAUGACUUGUACGGC